AUGAAAGCUGGAAAUAUGAAUGGUCCAACAGCUCAUAAGCCCUGCAACAAUGGAGAAAUCUAUGAUGCCAUGUUCGAGAGCGAAGAAGAAGAACUCGCCGGACAAGCAGAGGCAUGGAAAUACACAUUUGCGUUUGUGGAGUCUUUGGCAGUAAAGUCCGUCGUUUUGCUCGGAUUCCCCGACAUCAUUGCGCGCCACGGUCCCAAAGCAACGCUUUCCCUCUCGCAAAUCGCAGCGGAGCUGCCCAGUGAAAAGCCCGACGUCAGUUGCCUGUUCAGAAUCCUGCGCUUCGUCGUUGCCAAGAAUUUUUUUAGCGCUGAAACGAACGGAGGCGCGAAUGAAGUGAGAUACGGCCUAACGCCCGCUUCCAAAUGGAUGGCAAAAGGCGGCGCGUCGGCGCCGUUGCUCUCCAUGGCUCCGGGGCUGCUUAUGCAGAACGACGUGACCAGCUUGACGCCUUGGCACCAUUUUAACGAGUGCGUCCUCAACGGUGGCGUAGCCUUCGAAAAGGUUCACGGCCUCCACAUUUUUGACUAUGGUGCGGCGCACCCAGAGUACAGCAACCUCUUCAACCAAGCCAUGGCCUGCAACGCCAACAUGGUGAUAAAGGCCAUCUUGUCUAAAUACAGAGAAAUAGGUCGCCUCUCUUAUUAA